UCCUCUCUCUCAAAAAAAACAUACAAAAUCCACAAUUUCCUUCCUUGUUCCACCAGACAGAGACAUAUACAUAUACACACCUUAACCCCUUCAAAAAAAAAAAAAAAAAAAAAAGCUUCCACCAUUUUCAUCUCUCCGUUUCUGUUUAUUGUUUUUCUCAUAUGGGUGCUAAUUCAUCUUCCAUUUAUACCAAAUCUGAUGAUGGGUUGAAUUUUGUUCCAUUAAAAUCCAAGCUUGAUGAUAUACCAGAGGUUUGUAUUGCUCUUGUACUCUCAUACCUAGAUCCACCUCAGAUCUGCAAAUUGGCACGUCUUAACAGGGUCUUUCGUGCUGCUUCAUCUGCUGAUUUUAUUUGGGAACCUAAAUUGCCCUCCAAUUACAAGUAUAUUCUUCAAGAAUUGUUCGGCCUGAAAGUUGCUGGCGUGGGUAAAAGGGACAUAUUUGCUAAGCUUUCUCGUCCUAGGUCCUUUGAUGGUGGCACAAAGGAAGUAUGGAUUGAUAAGAAUAAUGGAGGGGUUUGUUUGGCAAUUUCAUCUAAAGGAAUGGCAAUUACUGGUAUUGAUGAUCGGCGAUAUUGGAAUCACAUUCCGACGGAUGAAUCAAGAUUCCAAACUGUAGCUUAUCUUCAGCAAAUCUGGUGGCUUGAAGUCGAUGGGGACCUCGAGUUCCAAUUCCCAGCAGGGGCAUAUAGCUUAUUCUUCAGACUUAAGCUCGGCAAGGUUACAAAGAGGCACAAUCGUCGAGUCUGUAACUACGAGCACGUUCACGGCUGGGACUUGAAACCUGUACAGUUUCAGUUAACAACAGCAGAUGGUGAUCGUGCCAUAUCCCGGUGUUACCUGAACAAUGUAGGAAGUUGGGUACACCACCAUGUGGGAGAUUUUGUUGUUAAGGAUGCCACUUUUCCAACAAAGAUCAAAUAUUCAUUGACACAGAUAGAUUGCACACAUACAAAAGGUGGUCUGUGUGUUGAUUCUGUGUUAAUAUACCCUAGUAGCUUAGCAAAACAAUUGAGUUCUUGUUGAUAGCUUUACAGCCAAAAAUCUUCUUAGGUGGCCAGAAUGUUUUUUUUUCCCUUCCUAGCUUGGGG